AUGCUCAGAACCACGUCAAAUCUAAGUGAUAAGGACAUAAAAUCAUGGCAUGCAUAUGAUUUAUUAUAUUUUUCAUUUCAACGUACUUUAUUUAAUGUCAUUGAUACAAAUCAUGACAAUACCAUUGAUUUUAAUGAAUUUCUCUUUCUUGCUGCUAUUGGUAAUCGCACUGGCAGUCUAGAUGCACGACUUGAUAUCGUAUUCGAUUUAUGGGAUGUUUCGAAUGAUGGACUUCUUGAUCAAAAUGAAUUAGCUCAUCUUAUUUCGGCUACGUAUGAUCGUGCUGGAGAAAAGAAUCGUCAAGGUGAUCAAGAUCCACACAAGCGUGCUAAAGAAAUAAUCAUGAAACUCGAUAUUCAUGGAAAUAAGAAAUUGGAUAAAACAGAGUUUAUCAAUGGGGAUGUUUACUGA